CUCCACGCGGUUGAGGAAUCCGGUUGCGUUAAGGAGGUUGUGCUGAGUGAUGCCGGGAGAACUCCUUAGUGACAUCGCUUUGGAAUCACGCAGGAGAAUGGGAAAAUUGGAGAUACCGGGAAAGGACACUGAGAAGAAAACUAAAAAAGACAAACUAAAAUCAAAAAAGAUCGAAGAGUUCGCAGAAGAAAAGGAUGAAAUGAUUUCUCCCAAACUUAAAAAAAUGAGAAAGAAAGCAGAGCCUUCUGACGUUGAAUUGGAUUCUCCUAAAUCUAAAAAGGUCAAAAAGAAAGAGGAGCAAUCCCAUGAUGGCAUUACUCCUUUGAAAACCAAAAGUGCGAAAAAGAAAACGGAACCUGUUGAAAAUCAAGUCAUUUCUCCUAAAGUAAAAAAAACGGUAAAAAAUGAGGAGCCUCCUGAAGAAGAAAUGGAUGCUCCUAAGCCCAAGAAGAUAAAGAAAGAAAAAGCAAUGAAUGGAGAGAUUGGAGAGAAAACGCCCAAACUGAAGAAUGGACUCUCUCAUUCUGGACCUGCCUCUAACGCUAAGGAAGCAACUAGUGAAGAAAGUAACAGUGAGCUAGAACAGGAAAUACCAGUGGAACAAAAAGAAGGAGCCUUCUCUAAUUUUCCCAUAUCUGAAGUGACUAUUAAACUUCUCAAAGCCCGUGGGGUGAACUUCCUGUUCCCUAUCCAAGCAAAGACAUUUCAUCAUGUCUACAGUGGGAAGGAUUUGAUUGCACAGGCACGCACAGGAACUGGGAAGACCUUCUCCUUUGCCAUCCCCUUGAUUGAGAAGCUUCAGGGAGAACUACAAGACAGGAAGAGAGGUCGUGCCCCUCAGGUACUAGUUCUUGCACCUACCAGGGAGUUGGCAAAUCAAGUAAGCAGAGACUUCAGUGAUAUCACAAAAAAGCUGGCAGUGGCUUGUUUUUAUGGUGGAACGCCUUAUGGAGGCCAACUUGAUCGUAUGCGGAAUGGGAUUGACAUCCUCGUUGGGACGCCAGGUCGUAUCAAAGACCACCUACAGAAUGGCAAGCUAGACCUCACCAAACUUAAGCAUGUUGUCCUGGAUGAAGUGGACCAGAUGUUGGAUAUGGGCUUUGCUGACCAAGUGGAAGAGAUUUUAUGUGUGGCAUAUAAGAAAGAUUCAGAAGACAAUCCCCAAACACUGCUUUUUUCUGCAACUUGUCCUCACUGGGUAUUUAAUGUUGCGAAGAAAUACAUGAAGCCUACAUAUGAGCAGGUGGACCUCAUUGGUAAAAAGACUCAGAAAACGGCAAUAACUGUGGAGCAUCUGGCUAUCAAGUGCCACUGGACCCACAGGGCAGCAGUCAUUGGGGAUGUGAUCCGCGUGUACAGUGGUUACCAUGGGCGCACGAUCAUCUUCUGUGAAACCAAGAAAGAAGCCCAGGAGCUGUCACAGAAUUCGUCAAUAAAGCAGGAUGCCCAGUCAUUACAUGGAGAUAUUCCACAGAAACAAAGGGAAAUUACCCUGAAAGGUUUCAGAAACGGCAGUUUUGGAGUUUUGGUGGCAACCAAUGUUGCUGCACGUGGGCUAGAUAUCCCUGAGGUUGAUCUGGUUGUACAAAGCUCUCCACCAAAGGAUGUAGAGUCAUACAUUCAUCGUUCUGGGCGGACCGGUAGAGCUGGAAGGACCGGCAUUUGCAUCUGCUUUUAUCAGUACAAGGAGGAAUAUCAAUUGGCACAAGUGGAGCAAAAAGCGGGAAUUAAAUUCAAACGAAUAGGUGUACCUUCUGCAACAGAAAUAAUAAAAGCUUCCAGUAAAGAUGCCAUCAGGUAUUUGGAUUCUGUGCCUCCUACUGCCAUUAGUCACUUCAAGCAGUCAGCUGAGAAACUGAUAGAGGAGAAGGGGGCUGUGGAAGCCCUGGCCGCAGCACUUGCCCAUAUUUCUGGUGCCACUGCGGUAGACCAGCGCUCGAUGAUCAAUUUGGAUGUGGGCUUUGUGACCAUGAUCUUGAAGUGCUCGAUUGAAAUGUCAAACAUUAGUUACGCUUGGAAAGAGCUUAAAGAGCAGCUGGGCGAACAGAUCGAUUCCAAAGUGAAGGGAAUGGUCUUUCUCAAAGGAAAGUUGGGUGUUUGCUUUGAUGUUCCUACUGCAGCAGUAACAGAAAUACAGGAAAAAUGGCAGGACUCACGGCGCUGGCAGCUCUCUGUGGCCACGGAACAACCCGAGCUGGAAGGACCACGAGAAGGUUAUCGAGGUCCCCGGGGGCCUCGGGAAGGCUAUCGAGGUUUCAGGGGACAGCGGGAAGGAGGCAGAGGCUUCAGGGGACGGCGGGAAGGAGGUGGAGGUGGAGGCAGAGGCGGCUUCAGGGGACAGCGAUCUGGAGGAGGUGGCAACAGAAAUAACAGAGGCCAGAAGCGGAAUUUCAGUAAAGCCUUUGGUCAGUAA